AUAUAAAUUCUGCCAAAAAAUAAAAAUAACUAUGGAAAACAGAGGAAUACCGAUAAUUGAUCCGUUCGAGCCAGAUAAACUUCCAGCAAUUCAGAAAUGGAACUUUGCCAGUGACUUCACAGUACGAGUCAAAUUCUCCAAACAGUUCGUAGACACGCCAAAAAUGAAUACUGUUUAUGUAUCAACUAAACUACAGUAUGUCGAGUUCGGACCGCAACAAAAUGAUAGUCAAGAAGCUGACAUUUUUGUCUAUGGCAACUUCCCAGAAUUUUUUGGAUCCACAAUGGUCGUAAACGCAGAUACCAGAAUUUCUGCAGGCUAUUUAAGACUUUCAAAACCGUCUAUUGGCAACCCGGUUCUUGCUCCGCAGAUUUCCCAAGAAAUUGAGUUUUCGAUUGGGCCUUUAGCUGAUGUCAAGUUGAGUGUUAAGCCAAAACGCCAGCAGGUUAUUUUAGACCAGAAAAAGCCGAAUAUGACACUGGCAAUUGAAGUGACAACUCUUUCUGGUCAAGAGGAGAGUUUCGUGGAAGGAAAUUUGGAAAUCAACUUAGGUGGAAGCAAUUUGGGUUUAAUAAAGGCAUCUUCGACUCCCGGCAACAUCGUUUCAUGUCGCAAAGACGGUUCAUUCAUAUGGUGCAAAUUUGUGGCGGGAAAAUAUUUCACGAAAGCAUAUAUCAACAUCGUUCUUUCAGUGCAAAAAUUAGCGUUAGGCGAAACAACACUUAAUGAAUUCAAGUUCAGUUACCGUCUCACUUGGGCAAAUCGGGAACAAAUCGACCGCGAGGAGACUUUUAGCACCGAUCUUACAUUGAAGUACGAUGCUCAGUUGAAAGUUGUGGCUUUGAACCCUUCAGUUCUUCUGAAUACCAACUAUGAAAAGGCUAGAAAUCGGAUGUUUUAUAGUGUUCAGCUGUCAAAUUUGAAGGAAUCACAAAUUGGAGAAACCGAUGUCGUGUUUUAUGUUCCCCACGACCAGGAAAAAUUCAAAAUCCAGGAUUGUUCUGAAGACGCAAAAUUAGAACAGAAAACCGAUGACGCUUCUAGAUGUUCCAGUGGAGUUUGCGCCAAAUGCAAAUUCACUAUCCCCGUUUUGUACUCAAAGAGAGAAACGACACUUUCCAUAUCUGUGGAGUUUCUGGAAGAGCAGUUUUGGAAAAAGAUGGUGAAAGGGAAAGAGAAGUUUUGGAUUGGUGGGGACUACGAAGUGAAGGAGGCCGACUACAAAACAGAUACUAACAAAUUUCCCCGAAACAAAAAAGGUUCCUUUGAAAUCAACACAGUCAUAAUCCAACCUGAGUUUCCUUGGUGGAUAGUUUUUUUCUCCCUCUUCAUCUCGAUAACUUGGGUGGCUCUCUUAAUAUUGGGUCUAUACAAGAGCGGAUUCCUUGUGAAGCACAACCCGAACCUGAUUCGACUAGACCAGAUUAACGAAAACGAGUAUGUUGACGAAGAAGUUGAGCCGACCUUGACCAAGCGGGGGUUAGUCGAUGACAUUGAUAAGGGUAUCUUCGGAUAGUGAUCAAAUUGAAGCACCGAUCGAACAACUGAUAAACAGGAGGCACCCAAAUCGAUAGAUAAAGACACUAAAAUCGCUCAUCAUCAAUGUUUCUACAGUCAAUAAAUAUUUGAAUAGUAUUUGAUGAAAAAUCGUGACUCGCUCAUUAUUAAAAUUUGAAAAUUUGAGGCAAAGCUGUAUGACUUCUUAAUCCGUUCCGCCUAAA